UCUUGUCCCGUUGCAACAUGGCCCUGCGGAGGGUGCUGGCGCUGGCAGCAGCCCUGGGGCGCCGCAGCUGCUGCUCCAAGCCCUCGCUGCCCCCUGACUUCGUGGAGGCCCUGAGGGCCGUGGUCGGGGCCCCCAAUGUCUCCACGGCCACAGCGGUGCGGGAGCAGCACGGCCACGAUGAGUCCAUGCACCCGUGUGCCCCCCCGGACGUGGUGGUGUGGCCCCAGGCGGUGGAGCAGGUGCAGGAGCUGGCAGCCCUCUGUCACCGCAGCCGUGUGCCCAUGGUGCCCUUCGGCACCGGGACCGGCCUGGAAGGAGGCGUCAAUGCCGUGCAGGGCGGCGUCUGCUUUGACCUGAGCCGCAUGGACGCCAUCGCAGAGCUGAGCCUCGAGGACUUCUCGGUGGCGGUGGAGCCCGGUGUCACCCACAGGGCCCUCAAUAAGCACCUGCGUGGCACCGGGCUCUGGUUCCCUGUCGACCCUGGGGCGGAUGCCUCGCUGUGUGGCAUGGCUGCCACGGGUGCCUCGGGCACCAAUGCUGUGCGCUACGGCGCCAUGCGCCCCAACGUGCUCAACCUGCGCGUGGUGCUGCCGGACGGGCGCCUGCUCCACACCGCCGGCCCUGGCCGCCAUCCCAGGUGGGCGCUGGGGGCUGGGGGGCCGUGCUGGGCCUGCCCUGUGCCAGGGGAGUGCCGCUCACCAGCUCUGUGCAGGAAGCGGGCGGCCGGCUACGACCUGACCUCACUCUUCGUGGGCUCUGAGGGCACCCUGGGCUUCCUGACCCAGGCCACGCUGCGCCUGCACCCGCUGCCCGAGGCCUCUGCUGUCACCAUCGCCUCCUUCCCCAGCGUGGGGGCGGCCGUGGCCUGCACCGUGCAGGUGCUGCAGGCUGCCGUGCCCGUGGCCCGCAUCGAGUUCCUGGAUGAGGUGAUGGCUGAUGCCUGCAGCCGCUUCAGUGAGAUGGGGCUGCCAGUGGCGGCCACGCUCCUCCUGGAGCUGCACGGCUCCCGGCAUAGCCUGGCUGAGCAGCAGCAGCAGACGGAGGAGAUUGUGCAACAGAACGGUGGCUCCAGCCUGGCCUGGGCGGAGGGGCAGGAGGAGCGGGAGCGGCUCUGGUCCAUGCGCCACAACGCCUGGUACGCUGCCCUGGCCCUGCGGCCCGGCUGCCAGGGCUACUCCACUGACGUCUGUGUGCCCAUCUCCCGCCUGCCUGAUGUGGUGGUGGAGACCAAGCAGGACCUGCAGGCCUCCAACAUCACUGGACCCAUGGUGGGACACGUGGGCGAUGGCAACUUCCACUGCAUCCUCGUCUUCAACUCCCAGGACCCGGAGGAGGCCCAGCGCAUCCACGCCUUCACCGAGCGCCUGGGCAGGCGGGCGCUGGCAGCAGGGGGCACCUGCACCGGGGAGCACGGCGUGGGGCUGGGCAAGCGGGCACUGCUGCAGGAGGAGCUGGGCCCGGAGGGCCUGGACACCCUGCGCUCCAUCAAGGCUGCACUCGACCCCCACAACCUCAUGAACCCUGGCAAGGUGCUCUGAGGGGCAGCACCAGCACUGCGCUGGCACUGGGGAGCCUCAGCCCCUGGAGGCAAGGCCAGGGUGGCCAUGCUGCCCUGCAGUGCCACUGCAGGUGUUCCUACUGAUCACCCUAUCCCCACUUCUGGGGGUCAGGGAUCC